CUUUCAAUCUUUUCAUAACGCAGCCUACCUCGUUGACCGGUCCAACUUUUGGAUUUGCGCUUCAAGAACCUGGGAGCAUUUCGACGCUGUUCCCCGGUGAUACCCUAUCACAGGAAUUUCCCAUCUUCUCUCAGUCGGUUCUGCGGAUUAGACUUCCUCAUGGGAAUAUGCAGGCUUGACGAAAAACCGAUGGAUAUGAGAAGUCACUCUGACGCUACCUUCCACGAGGCCCCCGACGAGGGCCCCGGAGGCCCAACAAGCGCCAUCUCCAAUGCCGCAGAACUUUCUGAGCAGGCCACCCAACCUCCAUCAUCGAAAGCUCUUCGAGGAAAACUGGCAGCAAUAAUCCUUAGGGUUGGACUUGGGCUGCUGAUAUUGACAGCCGGGCUAGUCGUACUCCUUGUCAUUUUGCGUCAAACGCCCUUCUGGUGGGACUUGGCCGAUGUGUUUUAUGCAAUAAGACGAAAACUCGGUUUCAGCAUGUCGGAUUUGAGCAAUAAAGACAACAGUGAAUGGCAUGUAUCUAUCUGCCCACAUCCCGUGGAUUUCAACGACCCGGAGCCUUGCUGGAUUUUUCACAAGGAUGGUAGGACGGAUAGGGGUUAGAGGCCACAAUCUUUUGGGAAGCUGACUUGGGGGUCGGAUAUCGGAUCUCAUCCCAACUUUUUCAACUUGGAACCAUGUUUUCAAAAACAGCGGACCGAAAAGACUUUUACAAUCCUAACAUCGACUCUCAAAGUUAAUGUUAAGGACUGGUAUAACUUCUUAUUUCCUAUCUGUGUGUAAUGGAGUCUUUGUUUUCUUAGCAGAGAAAAGCGUAGAAACCGGAGGAGAGUGGA